ACUAAAUACUGACAAAUUGGAAUAAAUAACAGUUUUUUAUUUCUUUAGAUUAAAAUCUGAAUGAACAUUGAGACAUUUCUCCCUCAGAUAUCAGCGCACACAGACAGCUGUCUCACUCUUCACAUGAAUAUACAGUAUUCUGUGAAUUAAACCCAACAUGUUCACAUUGUUCAGUUUGUUUUUCUCUUUUAUUUUAGAUUUCUGUUAUCUGACUCUGGAUCCCAACACGACACAUCGUAACCUCAUUCUGUCUGAGAAGAACAGAGCCGUGAGAUACAGUGAGAGAGAGCAGCAGUACUCUGAUCAUCCAGAGAGAUUUACUUAUUGGGAACAGGUGAUGUGUAAGGAGAGUGUGUGUGGACGCUGUUACUGGGAGGUGGAGUGGUGCGGGGGUGUUGUGUUCAUAUCAGUCUCAUAUAAAGAGAUCAGCAAGAAAGGACGGGGUAAUGAAUGUCUGUUUGGACGCAACAAUCAGUCCUGGAGUCUGGAGUGUUCUUCUUCUCCUCUCUGUUUCUCUCACAACAACAUUAAGACUGAUCUCAGAGCUCCAUCAUCCUCCAGAAUAGGAGUGUAUGUGGAUCACAGUGCAGGAACUCUGUCCUUCUACAGCGUCUCUGACACGAUGAAGCUCCUCCACAGAGUCCACACCACAUUCACUCAGCCUCUGUACGCUGGGUUUGGGUUCUACAGGUUGCUUAGGCUUUACUACUUGUCUGACUCUACUGUGAGAUUGUGUGAUCCAGAAUAAAGUGUGUAGUGUUUUGUGUAAAAUUCCUGCACAUUGUCACAUUGUUGCUCAGUCAUCUGUCUCACUAACACACAAUCCAGCUGCACAAACAGCUCAGUAAUUUAACACAGCGACAAUUAAAGAGUAAAUAUUAACACUGAAUAUAGUUUAAUAAAAAUAAACAGAUGUAUUAUUAAAUGUAUUAAAUGUAUUAUUAUAAAGUUGUAUCUGUGUGAAGAGCCGUGGUGAGAUUCGGCACAUCAGACGUCACUUUAGAAUAACUUUAUAUUUACAUUAUUGAGAGUAGAUGUUUAAAACUGACCACACACACACACACACACACACACACACACACACACACACACACACACCAGGCCCGUAGCCAGCCUAGUGCAAGGGGGGGUUCUUUUUUUUUAAAAGUGGACCUUUUUUCUCAGUAUUUUGUAUUUGAGUAUUUAAUCAUUUUGUAUUUCAUUUUGAGGAUUAAAUACUGCAUUUUAGUGACAUGUGCUGGAUUAGCUUGUCUGCUGGUAUCAUAAUGUGCAUGCUUUUGAUGCACCAAAAAUAUUUACCACAAUGUUGUCAAAUUGCUUAUCAAGAUCACGUGCGACUUUUUUCACUUC